AUGUCUGCCUACAUGGUGACCUCAAACCAACCAGUCGUUCAACCACAACUCAUUGCAGCAAACCAACCAGUCAUUCAACCACAACUCAUUGCAGCAAACCAACCAGUCGUUCAACCACAACUCAUUGCAGCAAACCAACCAGUCAUUCAACCACAACUCAUUGCAGCAAACCAACCUGUCAUUCAACCACAACUCAUUGCAGCAAACCAACCAGUCGUUCAACCACAACUCAUUGCAGCAAACCAACCAGUCGUUCAAUCACAACUCAUUGCAGCAAACCAACCGAACGAUCAACCACAACUCAUUGCAGCAAACCAACCAGUCAUUCAACCGCAACUCAUUGCAGCAAACCAACAAUCUUCAAACCAACAACAACACAUUUACGCACAGUACAACCACCCAGCUGUCCAACCCACGCUAUUGGACAACAAGCACACGCUACAGGGCAAGUCAGCAACAUUGCUCCACCGACACUAUUGGAAGUUCCUGCAGACGUCCCUCGGAUGCACCUACAAAUGCCGUAAGUCGAUUCAUCAACGCUCAAUGCUCGCGCCAUUCGCGCCAUUCCUUCGAUGCUCACUUGAAGCAAUGGUACUACAGUACCUUAACUUGAUGUGCGGUGGAGCUUGGCUCUGGCCACCCCACGAAGCAAACUUGACGCUAGGUACAAAAGCACCCAUGUAUCUUCUCAAAGGACGCCACCCGACCCAAGAGUGCCACAAGGAAAUCAAACAAAAACAGGUAGCACCGACAACAGAAUGGAGACAGAUUCAGAAACAAUAG